AUGAUUUUGUCGAAAGUGGUACAGCGCUAUGCUGAGGAGUUAUCCGAAAAGCUGCAGAAUGAUGGAGGCGACGUGUUCGUUGCCAUGAGGCAUGUGUUCGAUGACGGAGAGAGCUCCCCCGCCAAGGUUGAUGUCAAAAUUCCAUCUCCGAAGAAGCCAAUUGCUGCCGUCGAUAAAGAAGCACGUAAAAACACAAAACCAGUGGAUUCUGGAAAAGAACAUCACGAUGAACUGAGUGCACAGAAGAAGAUGAAAAUUGAUCCGGAGGACGUUACAACAGAGCGCAGACCUAAUGGGAAGAGACAUAUCCCAAAUGAAACGUCCGCAGCUUCGCCUCCUAGAACCAAAAAAUUAAACAAAGACAUAUUCGACGAUGGGGAUAGUUCUCCCGAAAAAUCGCGUGGAAUUCCGGAACCUUCGUCCGCAAAGCCUGUGGAGGAAACUGGUAUCAAGGUUGAAGGUAUGUACUAA